GCGGCCCCGUGAGGGGACACCGGGGGGUCACUGUGGGGGGGCUGUAACGGGGCGAUCGCUGUGGCUUGGAAGAGGGAGGCUGGUCCGUGUGGGAGCGCCCCCGGUAACCGGGAGGGAUCCCGGUAACUGCGAGGGAUCCCGGUCACUGUGAGGGAUCCCGGUCACUGUGAGGGGUCCCGGUGACCAGUCCCAGUCAUUGGGAGGGGUGACCAUCAGAGUCCCGGUUUCUUUUGGGGGUCCCGGUGACCAUCAGGGUCCCCGUCUCUUUUGGGGGUUCCGGUCACCAGGAGGGGUCUCCGGUCCGCUCUGGGGAUGGGCCCUGGUACCGUUUGGGGGUCCCUAGUUCAUUUUAGGGGUCCUUAGUUCAUUUUGGGGAUCCCUGGUGCCUCUUGGGGGUCCCCAGUUCCCCCGUGGGGGGUGGUUCCUGUUCCCCUGCUCCUGGGGGUUCUUUCCCCACUCGGGGGUCUCUGUGUGGAUCCAACCCCCUCCCCUCUCUGUCUCUCUCUCCCCACAGGACCCUCCGGACCCUCGCUGCAGCGCCGGGGGGGUGGUCCCUGUUCCUUUUGGGAAUAUCCUGGGGGUCUCUGACCCUCCGGACCCUCGCUCCUGCCCGGGGGCCCCCUCGGCACCCCCUGCCCUCGCCCCCCAUGCGCUGCCCGGCCCGGGGGGGCCCCCCCACCACCUGAGGAGGGGGGGGCAGGUCGGGCCCGCGCCCCCCGCGCCCCCAGGGCGGCCCCCGGCCCCAGCCAUGAUGUUCCGGGAGCAGGUGGGCAUCGUGGCGGGCUGGUUCCGCGGCUGGAGCGAGUGCGAGCAGACGGUGGCGCUGCUGGCGCUGCUGAAGCGCGUGACGCGCACGCAGGCGCGCUUCCUGCAGCUGUGCCUCGAGCACUCGCUGGCCGACUGCGCCGACAUCCACCUGCUCGAGGCCGAGGCCAACAGCGCCGCUGCCAUCUCGCAGUGGCCCCAGGAGCCCGCCGAGGCCGCGGUCGCGCUGCUCCUGGCGCACCUGCCGCUGCUGCAGCCCGGCAACGCGGCGGCCAAGGCCGAGUACAUGAAGCGGCUGCAGAAGGUGCUGGCCGACGCCAUCGAGAGCAACCGCUGCGUGGAGGAGUCGCGGCAGCUGCUCUCGUACGCGCUCAUCCACCCCGCCACCACGGCCGACGACCGCAGCGCGCUCGCCCUGUGGCUGGGGCACCUGGAGGAGCGCCUGGCGCCGCCCGCGCCCCCCGCCCAGCGCCGGCCCCCGGCCCACGAGUGGCCCCCCGAGCCCCCCGAGGCCGGCGGAGGCGGCGGCUGGCCCGAGCAGCAGCAGCAGCAGCACGGCACGGGCACGGGGACGGGGACGGCGCCGCGGGAGAACGGGCACCCCGCAUUCCAGGGGGGCGGAGCCCUGCCGUGCCAGCUGCACCCCAGCCCCCUGAAGCGCUCGCUGGCCCUGGUGCCCGGCAGCCCCCAGCCCGGCCCUGGCGGUGACUGGGCCGGUUCCGGGGGGGGUCCCGAGGAGCCCCCCAGCCCCGCGGGACCCCCCCAGCCCCGAGGGGCCCCCCAGGGCUUCGGGGAGCACGCGCCGCUGUCCCCCCAGAGCAGCGUGGCCUCGUCGGGCAGCGAGCACACCGAGGAGCGCAACUCCUUCCAGGAGGACGGCAGCGGCAUGAAGGACGUCCCCUCGUGGCUGAAGAGCCUCAGGCUGCACAAGUACGCGGCGCUGUUCGCGCAGAUGAGCUACGAGGAGAUGAUGACGCUGACGGAGCAUCACCUCGAGUCCCAGAACGUCACCAAGGGCGCCCGGCACAAAAUCGCCCUGAGCAUCCAAAAACUGCGGGAGAGACAGAGCGUGCUCAGGGCCCUGGAGAAGGACAUCCUGGAGGGGGGCAACCUGUGGACGGCGCUGCAGGAGCUCCAGCAGAUGUUGGGGACCCCCAUCAAGGCCUUCCGGCCCCCCCCGCCCCCGGGACCCCCCGACGGGGCUCCCCCCGAGCCCCCCAACCCCCCCCCGGCGGCCGAGGCCGAGCCCCCCGGGGCCGCCGUGCCCGACGGGGACAUCCCGGGGCAGUUCACGCGGGUCAUGGGCAAAGUGUGCACGCAGCUCCUGGUGUCGCGCCCCGACGAGGAGAGCAUCUCCAGUUACCUCCAGCUGCUCGAGAAGUGCCUGAGCCACGAGGCGUUCACGGAGACGCAGAAGAAGCGGCUCCAGUCCUGGAAGCAGCAGGUGCUGAAGCUGCUCCGAGCCUUCCCCAAGAAGGGGCCCCUGGACGGCCCCCCCGGAUACCGGCCCCCCAAAAGCUGGGCCUUUGGCUCCAACUCUCUCCCCAUAGCUGGCUCUGUGGGGGGGGGGCGGCGGGGCGGGGGUCGCCCCUUUGCGCUGCCCCCCCGGGCCCUGCCCCCGCCCCCCGCCCGCCUGGGGCUGCUGGGACCCCCCGGGGGGGCCCCGGCCCCCAGACCCCCCCCCCUGGGAGCGCCCCCCGCCCUGGGCACGCAGGGACGGCAGAGCCUCUGGUUCGGGGCCGGGGGGGGCGCGGGGGGGUCCCCCGGGAGCCGCGGGGCCGUGCAGAGAACGCACUCGCUGCCGGUGCACAGCUCGGCGCUGCUCGCCUUCCCCCAGGAGUGUCCCCCCCCCGGGACUGACCUGGAGAUCAACCCCACGCUGGAGUCGCUGUGUCUGAGCAUGACCGAGCACGCCCUGGGCGACGGCACAGACAAAACCUCCACCAUCUGAUGGCGCCGCCGCCCCCUCCCCAAAUGGGGGGGCACCUCCUGACCCCCCCCUCCCCCCCCAACCCCCCCUAAAAACACCGGGGGGGGGAGGGGCAGCCCCCCCUCCCCUCCCCCACCGCCCCCGGGGGGUUUGGGGGGGUUCCCGGUGAGGGGGGGGAGGGGCCAUGACACUACAGGGGGGGCUUUGUUUGGGGAGGGGUCGCGGGGGGGGCGGGGUCGCGUUUCCUCCGUUUUUGAAAAUCCCAGGAUUUGGGGGAUUUGCGGAUUUUAUUUCCUCUUUUCUCGUUUUUGGGGUUUUUUUCUUUUUUUUUUUUUGGUUUUUUUUUGGCUCUUUAUUGUUAUUAUAUUAUUAUUAAUUAAUUAUUUCUGUCUUGGCCCCUCCGAGGGGAGGGGGAGGGGGGGGACACGACCCCCGCCCCAAAUUUAGGUACAACACCGCCCCUCCCCCCACGCCGG